AGAAUCGAAUUGCGAAUAGGAUUGGUCUUUGUCAUACAAAGAAGAAUGGAACCAAAAAGUCACCACCGCUCAAGACACACAAGUCCUCCUCAUAGGUCUUCUAGCCCAAGACUUUCACGAAGGAGAAGACACGAAAGUAAAAGUCCUAGUAGGAAUAAAGCGUCGGACCACCAUAAGAAGAGGAGAACACGUGACUCUGGAGACGGAAUUAAAAACCGCAAAGAACAAGGCUUACUGCGUAACGAAAAGGGAGAAAUUAUAGAAAAUCCUGAGGUCAAUACAGAGGCUCAAGAAAUGCUGGAAAGAAUAAGAGAAGAGGAAAGAAAGGCGUUUGCGAUUCCUUUCCGACACCAGGAAGAUUCAGAAUUGAAUAGUGAACAAGUGCAAGAGGACCGAAAUAACGAAAAUGAGAAAAAGUUUGAGGAGCCACUACAACGCAGAAAGGUGAUUGGUGAGUGGUCGGAGGAAAGGUUGACUUCAGUUUCAAAGAAAAAACCCGCACACGUAGCACUGAAGGUCAACAAGGUGGAGCCUACAAAAUCCCUUUCAAGUAAUAACCAAACUAGCAAAGUGCAAACUAAAGAUUCGGUUUCUUCUCAUAAUAUAAAUGAAGCGUGUAUAUUUUCGAAGGAUAUGGAAGCCGAGAAUGAUGAUGAAACUUUGGAAGGAGGUCAAGCUUCACGAAAGUCACUUGAAGAGUUGAGGCAAGAGUUAGUCAAUGAAAAAGUAGCAUACGAAAGACAGAACGCUGAAAACUCAGAAGAAAAUGAAAAAGACGAAGAGCUAGAAGAACAGGAGGAGAAUGAGUCCAAAAGAAUGACUCAGAGCUCGCAAAUCUUAGUUGAGGAAAACUCUGUCGAGACAAACAAGUCCAUUUCAAUGAACGAGGAUGACCCUCUUGAUCAAUAUAUGGAAGAUAUUCAAAAGGAAGUGAAUGAUGUCUUGAUUCAUUCCAGGCCAAAAAAGAAGUCAUCCUUUAAGAAAAACGGAGUUUUAGAAGAUAGCUUUGAGUGGACGGAAGAAAAUUCAAACAAGGAAGGAGAUGAGAGAAUUUCCUCGGAUGAAGGAGGAGAGUUGUUAUCAGAUAUGGAAGGAGAAGACGCGGAACUUAUUGAUGCUGGAGAUGUCUCCGAUAGAGAAUCAGGAUAUUUAUCCCAUGUUCGAAGAAAACGAAUCGUAUAUGAGAAAGUUGAUCAUUCCAAAUAUAACUAUAUCCAUUUUAAGAAAAAUUUCUAUAUUGAAGCACCAGAGAUUGCAAAAAUGUCGUGGGAGGAUGUCCAUGAAUAUCGCAAGCAAUUGGGAGGAAUCAGAAUAAGAGGAAGAAACUGUCCAAAACCAGUGAAAACUUGGGGCCAGUGCGGUUUGUCUUCAAGUGUUUUGGAUACUCUCCGAAAGUUAAGAUUUGAGAAGCCCACAGCUAUUCAGGCACAGUCGAUUCCAGCAAUUAUGAAUGGACGCGAUGUCAUUGGAAUUGCCAAGACAGGCUCUGGAAAAACAUUGGCAUAUGUCCUUCCCAUGCUUAGACAUAUUGCUGCGCAACCACCUUUACAAAUAGGAGAUGGUCCAAUUGGUUUGAUAGUGGCUCCAACAAGAGAACUUGCUAUCCAAAUUUACGGAGAGAUUAAACGAUUUGCAAAGGCUUUGGAUAUUAAAGUUGUAUGUGCAUAUGGAGGAAGUGGAAUCGGGGACCAAAUAGCAAAACUAAAGGUGGGUGCUGAAGUUGUGGUAUGUACUCCUGGAAGAAUGAUCGAUCUCUUAUCGAUGAACGGAGGUCGUGCGACAAACUUGCGUAGAGUUACAUAUUUAGUUAUUGAUGAAGCCGAUAGAAUGUUCGAUAUGGGUUUUGAACCUCAAGUUACACGCAUUGCUGAAAAUGUUCGUCCCGAUCGCCAAACUGUAAUGUUUUCAGCAACAUUUCCUCCACAAGUUGAAAACUUGGCUAGAAAGAUUCUGUCGCAACCUAUAGAAAUUGUUGUGGGCGGUAGAAGUGUUGCAGCAUCUUCUAUUGAACAGUUUGUAGAAGUUAGGAAGGAAGAAACAAAAUUCCUUAGAUUGUUAGAACUGAUUGGAGAUUGGUAUGAUAAGGGCUCCAUUCUCGUGUUCGUGGAUAGACAAGAAAAUGCAGAUAGAAUAUUCAACGAUCUGAUUCUUGCUGGUUAUCGGUGCAUGUCACUUCAUGGAGGUUUGGAUCAGGCUGACAGAGACUCAACCAUAGCAGACUUUAAAAAUGGUCUUGUUAAAAUAUUGGUUGCAACAUCCGUAGCUGCAAGAGGUUUGGAUGUUAAGCAUUUGAGACUCGUUAUUAAUUAUGAUGUGCCAAACCAUUAUGAAGACUAUGUUCACCGAGUUGGUCGCACUGGAAGAGCGGGAAACCCUGGAACAGCCUAUACUUUUAUUACACCUGAACAGGAAGUCUUUGCUCCAGACUUGGUUAGAGCAGUAGAGUUGUCAGCAAAAGCAGCAGCACAGGAAGUAAUAGGAUCAUCCAAUUCUGAUGAAGCAAACGAGUUUAUAUCUAAAUAUCUGUCAAAAGCUAUUCCUCCAGAACUUCGUCAUCUUGUUACCCAGUUCGAACAGAAACGUAAAGUUGGCUUGGCACACUUUGCCGGCAGUGGAUAUGGUGGAAAGGGAUACAAGUUUAAUGAAGAGGAAGAAGAAUCGACGAAGAAGUUGAGAAAAGCCCAAGCUAGAGAAUAUGGCCUGGACUUGGGAGAUGAAGAAGAAGAGUCAGCAACUGCAACUAGAAUGGAAGAAGUUGAUGAUGAAGUAGUUGUUCGAGAAAUUUCCACGGAAACUUCUGAAGAUACUGUUAAAGGAACCAGUGAUCUGCAGCCAAUCACGGACGAUGAAGUGCGGAUGGCUGUGGCAGAAGCAGGUGCUCUUGCUGAAAAGAAUGCUCGUCAACAAGGGCUACCUCCAGAAGAAAUAGCCAAACGAGUUGCACAAGCGAAGGCGCAGGCAUUAUCCAACCAGUCAGCCUUACAACGCACUCGUGCCAUGCAGCUCUCUACAAAAGGCAUUACUGGUGCAAGUGGAAAACAAAAUGUUUCAGAGUCUGCAGAAUUGUCAGCUGCCGCACGAGCUGCCGCACUUAUCAACGCUAAACUAGGCUUGGUGAUGGGAGCUCCUUUGCCUGGCGAUGGCUUUAUCUCAAACGGAGGACAGGGCGGCUCUGAAAGACGAUUCGCUACGGAAGUGGAGAUAAAUGACUAUCCACAGCAUGCAAGAUGGAAAGUUACACACAAGGAUGCAUUGUUGGCUGUCGAAGAAUGGACUGGCUGCGCCAUUACAACAAAGGGUCAGUAUUAUCCUCCUGGACGUAAUCCUCCUCCUGGAGAACGCAAAUUGUAUCUUCUUAUUGAAGGUCCAGACGAACUUUCAGUUAGAAAGGCUAGUAAAGAUAUUCGAAUACAGCUGGAAGAAGCUGCGUCAUCAGCUAGACCCGAUGACAAACCGUCCUAUGGGAAAUAUUCUGUUUUGUAAGCUAUUUCUUUUUGAGAUUGAAGCGGAUCAAAUUGACGUUGAAAUUCAAUUCAUUCGCAAGAAUCAUUUAAAGUGUAGGAAACGAUAGAAAUCGUUAGAUUGCUUUGAAUAGAGUUUUGUCAAGGAGUGAUUGUAUUCCUAUUGUAAAACGAGAGCGAUGAUUAAAAAUAAAACUUUUGCAAAUGCCCAAUUCAGAACAUGA